AUAUGUAAGGUGCACACACGUUUUUUUCUAAAGUUUAUACAGAAAUUAUACUUAUACUAUAGUUAGUUCCUAUAUAUAUAUAUACACAUCCACAUACACAUAACUGCAGAUUAGCCUCUCUCCUCGCCUUUCAUUUCGGAAACGUUUCACAGCAAUAUAGAGAGCGAAAAUUAUACUUUUUUUUCGAGAGAGAAGCAAAAAUCACCCAUACUACACAGACAAAGCAACGGUUUUGAUGUCCACCGGUGUCGCCACCACCGCCAACGCCAGCGCCAGUCCCAGACUACACACCGCCGCCCAUCGCCGCCGCGUCGGAGAUUUCAUGGAUUGCGAGAAAUCAUCAGAUUGUUAUUUAUUAAACGGAGUAGAUUACGAUUACGAUUACGAUUGCGAUUACGAUCACAAUGACCACCGGGUGAUUCGGUACUUGUGGUUGCUGAGGAAGAUGAAGGUGAUGAGGGGGUUAACGAUUGCGCAGUGUUUAGUUUCGGGGAGGAAUGCGGGCCGUACGAUAUUCGCGGCGUUGAUGAUGAUGAUGGUGGUUUCGGGGUUUGUGAAGGUCUCGUUCAUUGUGGGUGGUGGGAAUGUGGAGGAGGGGGUGAAUUGGAAGAGGAGAGAAACUAAUGGGUUUUUGAUUCGCCAGAUGUUUAACGCUGAUUCGUCGAUGGCUCAGAGAGUUGUGUUUGGAGAUAUGGAGGAAUCAUCAUCGUCGUCGUCGUCGUCUGGUUCUGUCAUGUCUAAGCGGUUAUUGGAGAAAUACCCAACACCAGAAAUUUGGAUGAAACCAAACAGCGAUAACUAUCAACAGUGCACCACUCGGCCCAGGAAUCGAAUAAGGACGGGUUCUGCAACUAACGGUUAUAUUUUAGUUCAUGCCAAUGGUGGAUUGAAUCAAAUGAGAACAGGGAUAUGUGAUAUGGUUGCUGUUGCAAAGAUUAUGAAUGCCACAUUGGUUCUUCCUUCUCUUGAUCAUGACUCUUUCUGGACUGAUCCAAGUGAUUUUAAAGAUGUUUUUGAUUGGAAGCACUUCAUUGAAGUAUUGAAAGAUGACAUUGAGAUAGUUGAAUCUUUGCCACCAAGCCAUGCAUCAAUCAAGCCCCUUCUUAAGGCUCCAAUUUCCUGGUCCAAGGCUAGUUACUACAGAAGAGAGAUGGUUCAGUUGCUGAAACACUAUAAGGUGAUCAAGUUCACCCAUACUGAUUCUCGCCUUGCCAAUAAUGGCAUUGCAACCUCUAUACAGAGGCUCAGGUGUCGUGCCAACUACGAGGCUCUCCAAUACACAUCAGAGAUUGAGGAGCUUGGGCUCAAACUGGUUGAUAGACUUAGGAAUGAUGGCCAUCCCUAUGUUGCCCUCCACUUAAGAUAUGAGAAAGAUAUGCUUGCAUUCACCGGAUGCAGCCACUAUCUUACUGCAGUAGAGGCUGAGGAACUUCGUGUCAUGAGGUAUGGUGUCCAGCAUUGGAAGGAGAAAGAGAUAAACAGCAAACGACGACGAGUCCAAGGGGGUUGCCCGAUGUCCCCAAGGGAGGCAGCCCUAUUCCUCAAGGCCAUGGGGUACCCGCCCUCUACAAAAAUAUACAUUGUUGCAGGGGAAAUUUAUGGCAAUAACAGCAUGGCAGCGUUUCGUUCAGAGUACCCCAAUGUCUUCUCUCACUCCACUCUUGCAACCGAAGAAGAGCUGCGGCCUUUCAAGCGGUAUCAGAACCGUCUUGCUGCCUUGGAUUAUAUCAUGGCACUAGAAAGUGAUGUUUUUGUUUACACAUUUGAUGGGAACAUGGCAAAGGUGGUGCAAGGGCACAGACGGUUUGAAGGAUUUCGAAAGACCAUAAACCCCGACAGAAAAUUUUUUGUUAGAUUGAUUGAUCAUUUGGAUGAGGGUGCCAUGUCUUGGGAAGAUUUUUCUUCAGAGGUUAAGAGGUUGCACUCGGAUAGACUUGGAGCACCAUAUCUUAGACUGCCGGGAGAAUCACCAAGGCUAGAGGAGAAUUUUUAUGCAAAUCCUUUUCCUGGUUGUGUCUGUAAUAGUUCUCAGGAGCAACUUGACCAUAGACCAAAUCUAUGGGCUGCUUCACAAAGAUAGUGUUUUAGUUUUAGUUAGAAAUACAAAUUUGGCCUCUCCUGUUAAGUAUACGAAACCCCAUGCUUUGAAGGUGGCCAAUAUGGGUUUUCAAAAGAAACUGCAUUUUUUCAAAAUUCAGGAGCGGUGAUGGCAGCCAACAGGGUGGAGGAGAGUCUCGAGGUUAAUUUGAUUGUUCCAGAAGCAAGUUUCAGUUUUGAUGUACAAAAUAGAUAAAGAACAUAUAUGUGAAGAAGCAGAGAAGGUUAUAGAUCAUUGAUAAUAAUGCACACAGGUCAGUUACAAAACAUAGUGAAACUCUCCAUGUGAAUGUGGAGUACUUCCAAGUUUAUAAUCUAUUUAUUAUUCUUUCUUCGAUUGACAAAACUCAUUUGUUAAAUAAGGCUUUCUCACAAAGUUGGAUGUAAUAUUUGAUUAAAUAUCAUAAUAGAAAGUUCUUCCACAUUUUUCAAAA